CCACCGCGGCGGGCCGGCUUCUCCGACCCGCCGGGCCCGCCGCCCUCCUCCCGGGGGCACCGCCGCCCCCGCCGAGUCCGAUCCAUUUAAUAGCAGCCCCUCCGCCCUCGCUAGCUCUCAUCGACCGCGGCGGCCUGCUUCCUCUCCUCCUCCGCCCCCGUCAGCAGCAUCCAGGAGUACCAUUACUAAGGCUAUGGCAACACCAUACAAACCAAAGAACAUCCUCAUUACGGGAGCUGCUGGGUUUAUUGCCUCCCAUGUUGCAACCCGUAUUGUCAAGAAGUACCCUGAUUACAACAUUGUCAUCCUUGACAAGCUUGACUACUGUUCUAAUCUGAAGAACCUGCUCCCUAUAAGCUCGUCUCCCAACUUCAAGUUUGUCAAGGGAGAUAUUGCGAGUGCCGAUCUUGUCAACUUCAUCCUUGUCACAGAGAACAUUGACACUGUGAUGCACUUUGCUGCCCAGACACAUGUCGACAAUUCAUUUGGAAACUCUUUUGAGUUCACCAAGAACAACAUUUAUGGUACGCAUGUCCUUCUUGAGGCCUGCCGGCAGAUCACUGGCCAGAUCAAGAGGUUCAUCCAUGUCAGCACUGAUGAGGUCUACGGAGAGACAGAUGAGGAUGCAGUGGUUGGCAACCAUGAGGCGUCACAGCUGCUCCCGACAAACCCCUAUGCAGCCACCAAAGCUGGAGCAGAAAUGCUUGUUAUGGCCUAUGGGAGAUCCUAUGGUCUUCCGGUCAUCACUACUCGGGGAAACAAUGUCUACGGUCCUAAUCAGUUCCCUGAGAAACUCAUCCCAAAGUUCAUUCUCUUGGCCAUGAGAGGGGAACCCCUUCCAAUCCAUGGUGAUGGAUCCAAUGUCCGGAGCUACCUCUAUUGUGAGGAUGUUGCCGAGGCAUUUGAGGUCAUUCUUCAUCGUGGAGAAGUCGGGCACGUAUACAACAUUGGGACAAAGAAAGAGAGGACGGUCAUGAAUGUGGCAAAAGAUAUAUGCAAGCUUUUCAAUCUGGAAGCCAACAAAGCUAUCAAGUUUGUUGACAACAGGCCUUUCAAUGAUCAGAGGUACUUCCUCGACGAUGAGAAGCUCAAGAGCCUUGGAUGGUCUGAGCGCACUCACUGGGAGGACGGCCUGAGGAAGACGAUGGAAUGGUAUGUGGCUAAUUCCAACUACUGGGGUGAUGUUUCUGGGGCAUUGUUGCCUCAUCCAAAGGCGAUGGUGAUGCCUGGAGGGUGUGAGGGCUCUAAGGAGAUUAAAGGAAUGCUUGCUCAGUUUAAUAACAUUCAGACAGAGGUAGCUCCAACAUCAGAUAGUGUUCUAGAAACGCAUCCCUUCAAGUUCUUGAUAUAUGGUAGGACUGGAUGGAUUGGUGGACUUCUUGGAAAAAUAUGUGAGAAGCAAGGAAUCCCAUAUGAAUAUGGAAAAGGUCGCUUGCAAGAGCGUUCUUCACUCAUCCUGGACAUCCAAACUAUUAAGCCAACACAUGUCUUUAAUGCUGCUGGUGUUACGGGCAGACCCAAUGUUGACUGGUGUGAAUCACACAAGCCAGACACCAUCCGUACCAAUGUUGUGGGUACCUUGACUCUAGCUGAUGUGUGUAGGGAGCAUGGCUUAUUGAUGAUAAACUAUGCCACAGGGUGCAUAUUCGAAUAUGAUGCACAUCAUCCUGAAGGGUCAGGUGUCGGCUUCAAGGAGGAGGACACACCAAAUUUUACUGGUUCAUUCUACUCGAAGACCAAGGCAAUGGUCGAGGAGCUACUGAAGGAGUAUGAGAAUGUCUGCACCCUGCGUGUCCGGAUGCCAAUAUCUUCUGACCUUAGCAACCCCCGGAAUUUCGUGACAAAGAUUAGCCGUUACGACAAGGUGGUGAACAUCCCAAACAGCAUGACAAUAUUGGACGAGCUCCUGCCUAUCUCAAUCGAGAUGGCGAAGAGGAACCUGCGGGGCAUCUAUAACUUCACCAACCCUGGCGUCGUCAGCCACAACGAGAUCCUGGAGAUGUACAAGCAGUACAUUGACCCUAGCUUCAAGUGGACAAACUUCACCCUCGAGGAGCAGGCCAAGGUCAUCGUCGCGCCCCGGAGCAACAACGAGAUGGACACCACCAAGCUGAAGGAGGAGUUCCCCGAGUUGCUGCCGAUCAAAGCCUCGUUGAUCAAGUACGUCUUUGAGCCAAACAGGAAGGUGGCAGCAAACUGAAGGCCAGCAGAGCCGAUACAACAGAAAAAUGCAGCAACCAUUCUUAGCUUGUAGCGCAACCAUUCGUCGCGAACGGUUCGUUAGAAUGUUUACUUGUUAUACUUAGCAGCAUAUCUCCUCUAUAGGUUGAUUCACAGCUGCUUUAUAGUAUUUGGCAACAUGGUGAUUCCCCAAUUUGUUGUAGAGACCAUAUGUGCUACUUGCUGAGGAGUUGAAAUGUUCAGUAUGUGUGUACAACUUUUGUUGUGCCAGCAAUGAUUCUCCACCCUUAUGUCUUUAA